AAAACAAAAAAUCUAGCUUCGCCACUUUCUCAUAGAUGUUAUUUUGCCUUUAUUUGCUUAUACAAUCGAGGCAGAUCUUUGUGAUAACUUAAAACGCUAUCGUUCUAAGUUUUUGGGGUAAUUUUGAGUGACUGAACUUCGACAUGAGUUCCUGGAACUGCUGUAGAACAUGCCUCAGCACCGCUUCGUUAAGCCCAAUUUUUUUACAAACAGAACACAGUGAGCAUUAUACAAAUGUCAUAUUAAUUGCUACAGGAGUCAAGGUUGAGGUCAAUGACUGUUUACCUCAAGAAGUUUGCCAGCCCUGCGUAUCAUUCAUAAACGAAACUAUGAAGUUCCGUAAAAAAUGUGAACUCGCCCAAAUAACACUCCGAAAUAGACUUAACGAUAACACUCACAACAUAAAACAAGAAUUUAACAAACCCGAUACAAUAUCUAUAGAUAUUUCAGAAUAUGUAGACGAUGAUUUUAAAGACUAUGAUGACAAUAUUACCUUAAAUACACUACAAUUAGCAGAAGAAACUUUAGAUAAUAAGUGUACAGAAAAUAUUGAUGAUAUAAAAAAUAUAGAAACCGAAAACAAAGUACAAGAGACCACAGAUAAUAAGGUUAUUUUAGAAAAAGUUAAAAAAGAAGUAAAAAAGAGGAGGGUUAAAAAGAAAGAGAUGAACGGACAGAAGGUAAAAGAAGAAAUAGAAUGUGAAUAUUGCCAUAAGAUCUUGACGUCAAAACUGUCGAUUAGGAAUCAUUAUAAAAUACAUACUGGUUUUGAUGUGGUUUGUGAGCAUUGCGGCAAGAAAUUCAUAACCCGUCGCCUGCUUUUGAUGCACUGUCGAGCAAAGCACGGCUACGAGAAAACUGACAAGUGCUCAUACUGCGACUACCGAGCGUCCAACGCGGAGCAAGUCAAGAUUCACGAGAGGCUACACACUGGCGAGAAACCUUACGUGUGCGGACAGUGCGGCGCGGGCUUCCACAGAAAAAGCUCAUAUCUACAACACAUCGCCAUUCAUCUGCCUGAGAAAACUGUUCAGUGUACGGUAUGCCCGGCGCGGUUUAAAUCCGUCACUCUGAUGAGGAUUCACGCUUCGCGCCAUCGAGCCCCGCGGUACACUUUCCAGUGCACCCUCUGCGAGAACAGCUUCGCCAGGCGGAGGAACGUAGCGCGUCACGUGCAGCGAAUCCACGGGCUGCCUCCGGAGCCCGACGCGAUUAUCCGGCGCAAGAUAGCGUGACAGUCUUCAGAGCAAUAAUAUGUAUAAUAGAAUAUACACGGUGUAACAUGAGGAAAUCGAAUAAUUUUAAACACGCAUUUCUGAGAUCAUAAAAGUAAAAAAUGUAAUAUGAGUGAGUUUAGGUCAAUUUCGCCAAAAAAUUGUUUUGUUUUUUCAAAUUUUUGAUUGUAUUUGUACAUAAAAAAUAAAUUUGUACAUAAAAACUUGUCACUUAAAAUUGAUUUUUACAUUUUUUUUUCGUAGAACCUACUUAUUGCAAAGUGUUACUUGUCACUUUUUGACAUCUAUCAAUGAGGAUAUUUAGACUACGUCCCGUAGUAGCAACAUCACCAGCGAAAAGGCCUUUUAGACUAGGUAACAAUAAAAACUUGUUUCUCUUUUAAUUAAUAAUAUUUCUGAAACUAGGCGAAUUUCAAAAAAGUUUAUAGGACAUUUUUGUCUCUAAAUAUGAUCAGGAAUACGCUGUUAAAAUUAUUCGGUUUCCUCAUGUUGCACCGUGUAUGAAGCGUCUUGUAAUACCUUCGAGCAACGCCGUCUUCCGACAUGUCGGAAGGGAAAUUUAAUAUCACGUUAUAGUAGUUUAUGUGACUGUUACAUAAUUAAUUGCAUUAAAACUCGAGUGUGGGUUUAUGAAACGAACGCAGUGAGUUUCAUAGUAGUAUCACACGUACGAGUGUUUUAAUGCGUAAUUAUGUACAGUUACAUACACUGCUUUAUAACACACGUACACCCAAGGCCAAAAGUAUGGAAACAAGCUGACAAGCUUAUACUUUGAUAGAAAAGUUUGAUUUUAUAUUAUUCAUUGACGAUUUGAAAACAAUAUAUUAAAAUUAAUAAUAUAACAUUUGAAUAGUAAAUUACUCAAAUGCUGGCUAUGAUAGAGAGGAGGAUUUUUGUAUGGUGUCCAUAGAGAAAUAAGCCCUUUUGACAAGACUGUUCUCAACUAUCAUCUUUGUCCUAACUUUUUUUUAUCUUUUCUACAAUAUUUUAGGAUAUUUUGAUAUGUAGCGGGAAUUUUUAAUAUUUUGGGGUUGCCCAAUGCAAAUUUUAGGAUACAAAUAUACAACAAAGAUAGAUACAUGAUACAUUAAAGAAAACAACGUUGUUUCCAUACUUUUGGCCUUGGGUGUAUUAUAAACCUUUCAUGAUAUGUUCACUAACCUCAUUACCCAAGCGAUAUAUUACCGUACAAAUCAUUCUGCCAUUUUUCGCGGGGGGAAACGUGUACACAGUCGCACUUCUCACUCACUACAUACAAAAUCCAAUCUGUGAUGACGACACAAAUACAUAAAAAAUGACACACGUCAAAGACAACCCCAAAUCUUGCACACCUCGAUCUCUUUUUGUGUUCGGAUGAGUCACGCAUCGCUAUAGGUACAGUUGUACCGGACUCGCCCACCGAGGGUUCCGUACUUUUUAGUAUUUGUUGUUAUAGCGGCAACAGAAAUACAUCAUCUGUGUAAAUUUCAACUGUCUAGCUAUCACGGUUCGUGAGAUAUAUAUAGCCUGGUGACAGACGGACGGACGGACAGCGGAGUCAUAGUAAUAGGGUCC